GGCUCGCGGCGUUUCCGAGAGGGCGGACGGCGUUUCGGAGAGGGGCGGACGGCGUUUCCGAGAGGGGCAGACGGCGUUUCGGAGGGGGCGGACGGCGUCGCUUGGCGGCGCACGGCGUUUCGGAGAGGGCGGCAGCAUCCCUUGGCGGCGCGCAGCGUUUCGGAGAGGGGCAGACGGCAUUUCGGAGAGGGGCGGCCGGCGUCCCUUGGCGACACGUGGCGUUUCGGAGAGGGGCAGAUGGUGUUUCGGAGAGGGGCGGCCGGCGUUUCGGAGAGGGGCGCCCAGCGUCCCUUCGCUUUCCGUCCGCGGGCCCCUCAGCCGGCUCCGGCGGGCUGAAGCGCUUGCAGAGUCGCGGCGCCGGUAUGGCGCCCGCGGAGCCCGAGCCCGCCGCGGCGCGGCUGUGAGGCGCCCGCCGUCCGCCCCGCGCCCCGGCGCGCCGCCCCCAGCCCCCGCGGCAGAGCCCGGACCACGAUGAACAAACUGAACUUCCAUAACAACCGAGUCAUGCAGGACCGCCGCAGCGUGUGCAUCUUCCUCCCCAACGACGACUCCCUCAACAUCAUCAUCAACGUGAAGAUCUUGUGUCACGAGCUCCUGGUGCAGGUGUGUGACCUCCUGAGGCUGAAGGACUGCCACCUCUUCGGGCUCAGCGUCAUCCAGAACAACGAGCACGUGUACAUGGACCUCUCCCAGAAGCUCUACAAGUACUGCCCCAAGGAGUGGAAGAAGGAGGCCAGCAAGGUCAGCAGUGAGAUGUUGCAUGGAGAGAUGACGCCCGUAAGGCCAGCUCUGUCCCCGCCGCAGGGGAUCGACCAGUUCGGCCCGCCGAUGAUCAUCCACUUCCGAGUGCAGUAUUACGUGGAGAACGGCCGGUUAAUAAGCGACCGGACGGCGCGCUACUACUACUACUGGCACCUGCGCAAGCAGGUGCUGCACUCGCAGUGCGUGCUGCGCGAGGAGGCUUACUUCCUCCUCACCGCCUUCGCCCUGCAAGCCGACCUGGGCGACUUCAGGCGCAGCAAGCACUACGGGAAGUACUUCGAGCCCGAGGCCUAUUUCCCCGCGUGGGUGGUCGCCAAGAGGGGCAGGGACUACAUCCUGAAGCACCUGCCCAACAUGCACAAGGACCAGUUCGCGCUGACGGCCUCCGAGGCGCACCUCAAGUACAUCAAGGAGGCGGUGCGGCUGGACGACGUGGCCGUCCACUACUACCGCCUCUACAAGGACAAGCGGGAGCUGGAAGCCUCCCUGACCCUGGGGCUGACGACGCGCGGCAUACAGAUCUUCCAGAACUUGGACGAGGAGAAGCAGCUGCUCUACGACUUCCCCUGGACGAACGUGGGGAAACUGGUGUUCGUGGGCAAGAAGUUUGAGAUCCUGCCCGACGGCCUGCCCUCGGCCCGCAAGCUCAUCUACUACACGGGCUGCCCGCUGCGCUCCCGCCACCUCCUGCAGCUGCUCAGCAGCAGCCACCGGCUCUACAUGAACCUGCAGCCCGUCCUGCGCCAGGUCCGCAAGCUGGAGGAGAACGAGGAGAAGAAGCAGUACCGCGAGUCGUACAUCAGCGACACGCUCGACCUGGACAUGGAGCAGCUGGAGAAGCGCUCGCGGGCCAGCGGCAGCAGCGCCGGCAGCGUCCGGCACAAGCGCCUCUCGCGCCACUCCACCGCCAGCCACAGCAGCUCCCACACCUCCGGCGUCGAGACGGACCCCAAGCCCCGGGAGCUGGGGCCCGAGGACGCCUUCUCCGGCCCCGGCGUCCACCGCAAGCUCAAGACCUGCAGCUCCAUGACCAGCCACGGCAGCUCCCACACGUCCGGCGUGGAGAGCGGCGGCAAGGACCGCCUGGAAGAAGACUCCCAGGAUGACGAGAUAGAGAUGCUGGUGGACGACCCGCGCGAGCUGGAGGGCGCCGGCGAGCUGGCGCUGGAGGUCAGCCCCGACAUGUGCGUGUACAUCACCGAGGACAUGCUGCUGGCGCGGCGGUUCAACGGGCACGCAGGGCUCGUGGUGAAGGAGGUCGGCUCCUCCGCCUCCAGCUCCUCGGAGACGGUGGUGAGGCUCCGCGGGCAGAGCGCCGACUCGCUGCCGCAGGCCGGCGGCCGACAGCCCGGGAGCUCCGCGGACCGGCACAGCCUCAGCCUCGACGACGUCCGGCUCUACCAGAAGGACUUCUCGCAGCUGGCCGACCUGUGCCAGGAGGCGGCGCAGAGCUACACGUUCGGCUGCGGGCCGCCCGACGGGCCGCUCUGCUGCGACGGCUGCCUGGCCGGGCCGCGCGCGCCCGCCCGCGCGCCCCCGCGCGCCGCCCGCUACCUCUCGCUGGACCUCGCCCGCGACGACGUCCCCGAGUUCGUCGUCUGAGCCCCGCGGCGGGCCAGGCCGCGAGGGCGGGCGGCGCCGUGCCGCGCCGCGCCGUGCUGUGCCGUGCUGCGUCGCACCACGCCGCGCACGCCGGCAGCCCCCCCCCCCAUGCCGUGCUGUGCCGUGCUGCGUCGUGCCCACUGGCGGCCCCUCGUGCCACGCCGUGCCCUGCCGCGCUGCACCGUGCACGUCGGCAGCCCCCGUGCCGCGCCGGCAGCCCUCCCGUGCCGUGCGUGGCCGUGCCGUGUCGUGCCCACCGGCAGCCCCCCAUGCUGUGCCGUGCCGUGCCGUGCCCGCCGGCAGCCCCGCGUGCUGCGCCGUGCCGCGCCGUGCCCGCCGGCAGCCUCCCGUGCCGCGCCGGCAGCCCCCCCGUGCCGUGCGUGGCCGUGCCGUGCGUGCCCACCGGCAGCCCCCCGUGCCGUGCCGUGCCGUGCCGUGCCCGCCGGCAGCCCCGCGUGCUGCGCCGUGCCGCGCCGUGCCCGCCGGCAGCCUCCCGUGCCGCGCCGGCAGCCCCCCCGUGCCGUGCGUGGCCGUGCCGUGCGUGCCCACCGGCAGCCCCCCGUGCCGUGCCGUGCCGUGCCGUGCCCGCCGGCAGCCCCGCGUGCUGCGCCGUGCCGCGCCGUGCCCGCCGGCAGCCUCCCGUGCCGCGCCGGCAGCCCCCCCGUGCCGUGCGUGGCCGUGCCGUGCGUGCCCGCCGGCAGCCCCCCGUGCCGUGCCGUGCCCGCCGG